AUCUGUGAUUCUAGUGCCACUCUCGUGUUUGCUUUGCAAUUUUGUACCUGAAUAUGACUAUGGAGAGACGUCUUGGUCUUUUCGUUUUGAUUGCAGCUUUGUGUUUUCCGACUGGCGCACAUGCUGUAGUCGAUUUGUUUUCUGUCGGCGUCGCAGCCGCAUCUUGGGGCUUUAACAAAGUCAAGUGUAUGGUAACAGAAUGCUGUUACGGUGACAAAUGGAUCGGACUUGAUUUAUCUUCGUUGAAGGAAGAUUUUCAAAAGCAUGUCUUUGGACAGCAUCUAGCAGCAGAAGUUGUAGUCAAAGUUCUGAGAGGACAUUUCAAAAAUGAGCCAAAGAAAGCUCUAGUUUUGUCAUUUCAAGGCGGUACUGGUAGUGGAAAGAAUUUCAUCAGUGACAUAAUUGCUAACAAUACCUUUAGAAAAGGAAUGAAAAGUCAGUUUGUUCAUAAAUAUAUUGCCACUUUUGAUGCUCCACAUUCAGAUAGAGUAGAGUUUUACAAAACUGAGCUUCGUAACCGAAUAAUGAGUGCUGGUCGGAAAUGUGGUCGUUCUCUGUUCAUCUUUGAUGAGAUGGAUAAGAUGCCUCCUGGGCUUAUUGAUGUUGUGUAUCCUUUUGUUGAUCAUCAUUCGGAAGUUGGAGGCGUUAAUUUUCGUCAGUUUGUCUUUAUAUUUUUGAGCAACACUGGCGCACAGAGAAUUAACAACUAUAUGUUGGAACAAUGGAAUUCGGGAAAACAACGAGAAGAUGUCACAAUUAAAGAACUUGAUUUUUAUCUCAGUAAAGAUGCUUACAGAGAAAAAGAUGGCAGUUUGUGGCACUCUAACUUGAUUAAGAACCAUCUGAUUGAUUAUUUUGUUCCAUUUUUGCCCCUGGAACGAGUACAUAUCAAACAGUGUGCAGCUGCUGAGAUGCGACGUCAAGGCCAACUGGUCAGUGGGGAAGUUCUUAAUGCUGUAGCAAAUGAGCAUAUCUACUGGCCGUCAAAUGAGCAAUUAUAUGCUACAUCGGGAUGUAAAAAAGUACGAAGUAAAGUGGAUGUUCUCAGUGAUGAAUGAUAACCAUAGUUUUGUAAGAAGAAUGUAUGCAGUGAUAAUUUGAUGAAAUUGAAGUCUGUUGCUGCUACUUGUAUUUGUUGGUAUAUAUUUGUUAUACGUGUGAUGUGUUUUCAAGUCUUGAGACAUUGAGGACUCUUCUUGUUUAUACCAUUUCAAGCGCCAUUAUUCGAAGCGCCAUCAAAAUAAGUAAGUGUAAGAAAUAAGUACAAGUGUAAGUAGCUUGG